AGGUCCAUUAUUAUUAGGUCACGCUCUAAGUCUCUAGAGGAGAUUGAAAACUGAACAGGGAAAGAAGUUAGAGCCGCUCACCCUUUCCUUGUAGUUUAUCUUCUUCUCUUCUGUAACCCUAAUUUCGCCCCCCUUCUUCUUCUUCCUCUUUCUCAUAUCUUCAAUAGCCGUUUUAGGUUUUACGAAAUCGCAUACAAAAUGAGUGACAGCAACAAGGAUAUCAUGGAUAUGUCCGAUCUUACUGCUUCCCUACCCGCCGCCGCUGCCGCUCUUAGUGCUGAGGACCGAGCAGGUCUUGUUAAUGCAUUAAAGAACAAACUUCAAGACUUGGCUGGUCAGAAUUCAGAUUUUCUCGAGAGUUUGACCCCAAAGGUUCGGGAGCGUGUGGAAGCUCUUAGAGAGCUGCAGAGCCAACACGACGAACUGGAGGCUAAGUUUUUUCAGGAAAGGGCCAUAUUGGAAGCUAAGUACCAGAAGCUUUAUCAACCACUUUACACUAAGAGGUAUGAUAUUGUGAAUGCUGUUACUGAAGUUAAUGCUGAGACAACACAAAAUCUGGAAGAGGAUAUUGACACCGAAGAGAAAGGUGUGCCCAAUUUUUGGCUCAUUGCACUGAAAACAAAUGAAGUGUUAACUGAAGAGAUAACAGAGCGUGAUGAGGAAGCUCUCAAAUUUAUUAAAGACAUAAAAUGGUUUAAGCUUGAUGAUCCCAAGGGUUUCAAGCUUGAGUUCCUCUUUGAUACUAAUCCUUUCUUCAAGAAUUCUGUUCUGACCAAAACUUAUCACAUGAUUGAGGAUGAUGAGCCGAUAUUGGAAAAAGCUAUUGGGACGGAAAUUGAAUGGCUUCCAGGAAAAUGUUUGACCCAGAAAAUCCUUAAGAAGAAGCCAAAGAAAGGGUCAAAGAAUGCAAAACCAAUCACAAAGACAGAAACUUGUCCGAGUUUUUUCAACUUCUUCAAGCCUCCACAAGUCCCUGACGAUGAUGAGGAUCUUGAUGAAGAUGUGGCUGAGGAACUUCAGAACCAAAUGGAACAAGACUACGAUAUUGGUUCAACCAUUCGGGACAAGAUUAUUCCUCAUGCAGUAUCAUGGUUUACCGGGGAAGCUGCACAGGUAGAUGAGUUUGAUGACUUAGAGGAUGAAGAUGAAGAAGAUGAAGACGAAAAUGAUGAGGAUGAGGAUGAGGACGACGAGGAGGAAGACGAAGAUGAUGAGGAUGAAGAAGAAGUGGAGACAAAGGGGAGAAAGAAAAAGACUUUGGCGGCACCUAAGAAGCGUAGCAGUGUACCAGCUGGGGAAGGUGAGCGACCUCCUGAAUGCAAGCAGCAAUAGACAAAGAAGAGAGGAGCUUCAGCCAGAAAGAAAUGUUUGGGAAAAUUUUGGGUCUUGGAUUGAUUGAUUAAUUAAUUUACCUUGUGUUUUCUUUGAUGAUUUGGUUCACUUUGGAGUCUUGGUUGUUAUUUCCUCUUCUUUACCACCACCCACUCCUAUAUAGCCAGGGUCAGGGGGGAAGGAGACUUUAUUUUUGGGUUUGUUUUUGUUGGUAAGAGUCUUGGCUUCCUACUACUGUGUUACUGCAAUUCAUAUUAUUAUUAUUUAUGCUUUUGUAUUGAACGUUACUCUC